AUGAGCGGUCUCUGUGUUAUCUAUAUAUUAAUUCCCCUUCUUACAGUGGCUCAAGCUACCAAUUUUAUUUCGCGGAAAUUGACAGCAAAACCAGAGGUUGAUAAUACAAAGUCAAAUAGCAAACUUCUGGGACAAUAUAAUACUUAUACGUUGAUCGAGUGCGCUAUGAAAUGUCAGAAGGAUUGUGGUCACUUAUUCGGAUAUAAUCCUCUGCUGUUGAAGUGCCGAAUCCAUCAGACUAUCUUCACUUCCGGAAUUUCAAACGAAGACGAAUGGACUUACUACGUUCUUCCUUUCGAUUGCAAAAACAUCCUUGACAUUGGUUACAAUAAUUCAGGGGUGUUCGAUAUUUAUCCAAGCUGUUCAAGUCCAGGGGCUACCAGUGCUUACUGCGAUAUGCAAACUAUGGAUGGAGGAUGGACGGCAAUUCAAAAGAGGUUAGACGGAGCCGUAAGCUUUAAGAGGACGUGGGCAGAAUAUAGGACUGGUUUUGGUGUACCGGAAGCGGAUGUUUGGAUUGGAAAUGACGUAAUCCAUCAAUUGACCAAUGGAAGGCCUUCAUACCUCUAUAUUUGGAUCACACUAGACGACGGAAGGAAUCUGUAUGAGUUGUAUGAUCAGUUCUCUGUUUCCAGUGAAGCAGAAAAAUAUAAACUAUUUUUGUCGGGACUUGCCACCGGGACCUUAGGUAAUGAAAUCUAA